CGUCGCUCCUCCACCGCGCAACCGCAAUCCGCCGCUCCCCCGCCGCGCUGGAUCCCGACGCUUUGGACACGCGUCGGUCAGCCUCCACCGUCGAGCCCGGCACCGGCGUACGUGUCAAUUCGCAAGUGGGGCAGGCGUGAACUCAGAAACAGAGAAAAACUAGUAUUUAAAUCGACAAUUGUUUUUUUAUAUAAAAGGCCACCACGAAAAAAAAAAGAAGAAGAGAGAGAGAGACCAAUAAUGGCGCUGGCGCAUAGACUUCUCUCAGUGGGGCGUUUUUGUUUUCUCCUUCUUCCUCUAUCUUUGCUUUUUAUGGGAGGUGCUUGUUUUUUCACUUCCCUCAGAUUACCAAAAAAAGAAAGAGAUUAGGUUCUUCCUUUAAAACUCCUCUCCUUCCUCUUCCUUCUUCCCCUAUCUUUGCUUUUGGCUGCUUCCAAGUUCCUCCAUCCAUCCCCUUACUUUCUCUUUUAUGGUUGAAAUUUUGUUUUAUUUUAUUAUUAUUCUCUUUUUGGUAUAAUUGAUUAAUUUCUACUAGUAAGGUAGGGUUAUAGCUCCCCACUUCAUCCAAACCACAGCUAGAUAGGGCACUUGGUUGAUUCAUCUUCCAGGCAGAAAGAAGAAGGAACAAACAGCUCCCUAGCUAGGGUUUGCUUCUUACAUCUUCUCCAUCUGCAUUUCUAUCCGCCAUCUGGGUUUUGUUCUAUUUCGGAAGCUUUUUUUCUGGGUAGUUCUAUUUCUGCUUUGACUAUAGAGUGUAGAAAUUUUUCUUCAUUUGGGGUUUUGGUGAGAUUUGCUUAUAUUCGCUUUCUGUUUUUGGGGGGAAAAUCUCCGAUCUUUUUAUGCUCCAUUUUGUGGGUUAAUUUGUUUGUUUGUGUUUUUCUGGUCCGCUCCACCGGUUGGCUUUUUCCUUGACUUAGCUGAUUUGGGUCUUCUGCUGUUUUUGGGCUCUGAGAUUUUAGACUCUCCGACUGUGCAGCUUAGGUGAUCGACGAAAAGCCGGACAGAGAGCGAGAGUAGGGGAAGGGGCUGAAACUAAAGCUAAAAGGAAAGAGAAAGCAAGUAACAAUGGUGAGAGGGAAGACCCAGAUGAAGAGAAUAGAGAAUGCGACCAGCAGGCAAGUGACUUUCUCAAAGAGAAGGAAUGGGCUGCUGAAGAAGGCGUUUGAGCUCUCUGUUCUCUGCGAUGCUGAAGUCGCACUUAUUGUUUUCUCCCCAAGAGGCAAGCUUUAUGAGUUCUCCAGCUCUAGUAUCAGCAAAACAAUAGAGCGAUAUGAGAAGAAGCAAAAGGAUAGUGAACCAGGGAGCAAGGGCUUUGAAGAUAACACACAGAAUGACGACAGCUUCAGUAUGGGAAAGAAGAUAGAGCAACUCGAAGUUUCAAAGAGAAAGUUAAUGGGAGAAUGUCUGGAGACAUGUUCCAUUGACGAGCUCAGAAAGUUAGAGUGCCAGCUUGAGAGAAGUUUGAGCAGAAUCAGAGCAAAAAAGACCCAGCUGUUUUUGGACCAGAUUGAGAGGCUAAGGCAAGAGGAGAAGACCCUAAUGGAAGAAAACAGAAAGCUGCGGGAGAAGUGUGGAAUGGAACCAUGGAGAUUCUCAUCGAGCAACAAGAAGCAGCAACUACUAGACAAGACAAUCGUAGCAGAAGCAGCAGCUGGAGAAGAAGAGGAAGAAGAAGAAGAAGAAGAAGAAGGGAGAGGAAGCAGUAUUGAUGAUGUGGAGACAGAGCUGUACAUAGGGCCAGCACCAGACAGAAGAACAGCAACCAAAACUAAUGCAUGCCUUCCUCCUACACACUACUAGAGUCAGUACUCCUCCAGAACUUCCCUAUAUAACAUAUGAUGAUCUCGAACCAAAAAGACAUCAACAUUAUGAUCCCGUACGUGUUAUCCUAAUUAACUGGGUUUUCUCCCCGCUUUUGUUUUGAUGGAAUCCAAGUAUAUCCAUUGUCGUCCCAAUAAGAACAUUCUGUCCCCUAAUCACUAUAGCUACCAAGAGGCAAAGUUGCCAUACCAAAGCAUAUGUUUGGGCGGUGUAAGUGACUGUUAAGACCAUUGAUCACCACCAUUUGUAUCCGAGUGAGAAAGGUGUUGUUUUAUGUAUAUCAUAUCAAUGGUUGCUGGACAUAUAUAUUGGCAUUCCUGAACAGUUAAGUCUUUGAUAUAUGGUUGUAACAAAGACCUCUAUUUCUC